AAUAUUAUGGAGAGACAAGUUGGUAUCAAUACGGAGUAAUACUGCUACUUUCUCUCUCUACAUUUCCUCUCAAAGAAGGAAACCAAUUUCUCUCAAACCCUAACUCCACCGCCUUAGCUCGUCGGCGGCCUGAGCUCCGCCUACCUCAGGUCGCCGACGAGUUCAUCUCUGUAGGUGUCUGUCUCAUCGCCGCCGUCUUUGUGUAGAAGAGAUCGGCGAGGGUUUCUCCGGCCAAGAAGAAGAAGAGGAAAACAAGGUUUGUGUCUCGAAUUUUCCAAUUCCUCUUAGUGUUGUUCUCUCUAGCCGGGUUUUUUUUCCAAUUAGGUAGGUGUUUAGUCGUCUUCAUCCAAGUUUGGCUUUGCUUGCUUUGCUUGGGGGAUCGUUCUUAGCAUUUAGAGGGUGGAGAUAAAUCUCGAUCUGAUUUUCAGUAAUCGUUGGGUCUCUAAUCUCAGAUCUAACUCGUACGCCGCCGUCGGAAAAUCGCCGGUAAAGGUAAAGUACGAGCUAGGGUUUCUAUUUUGGGAAAAUGAGGGGAUUCCAGCCACUCAAAAUUGGAGCUACUCUCAUCGCCGUCGUCUUGUGGUAUCGGGAAAAACCCCGAUCUUGACGAUAAAGGAGAGGAGGGAAUCAAUUGGAGCUAACCUGGUCACCGUUGUCUUGUGGUAUCGGAAAAACGCCGAUCUUGGCAAUAAAAUUGGUGAAAGCUGGGUUGAGUUUCUGCUUUCGAUUUUGGGUAGUCAAGUUUGAGCACUAGUCUUUGUCGCGGAUGUUCGUCAAAUUGCGUGGCUGGUAAAAGUACAGAUAUCAAAACGAAUCUUCCCCCUAUUAGGAAGCAGUGGAUGCCACCUUUGGAAGGAUAUAUGAAACUAAAUAUUGAUGGUGCUUGGAAAUCAGAAAAUGUGGCAGGAGGAGGAGGUGUAUUCAGAAGGCACACUGGCUCCUGGUUUGUUGGGUUCUCUACUAAAUUUAGGGUUCAUUCUCCUUUGGCUUCUGAACUCUAUGCUUUGAGAGAGGGCCUAAAAAUUGCAAAGAACUUCUUAAUUGAUAAGUUAGAAGUUGAAACAGAUGCUUUGAAUCUUAAGCUCCUUCUUGAUAAGGUGAAAGAUCAUACUCAUCAUGAAUUGGGUCCGGUUCUUCGAGAGGUUACUCAGCUUUUGGGAGAAAACUGGAUAAUUAGUUUCUCUCACAUUCCAAAGACCUAUAAUAGAGUUGCUCAUGCUUUGGCAGCUCACUCUUUGAUUAUGGUGGUGCAACAUAAGCUUCACUAUAUCAUUCCAUCUUGUGCAAAAGAGGAAUAUGAAGGGGAUUUUGAAAAAGCAAAUCCAGCAUAUGCAGAGGAGAUGAGAAGAAAUGCCCGGGAUCAAGUUCGGGCAAUGUGCAAUGCAAGAAAAGAAAAUGCAGCAAAAAACAACAAUAUAGCUCAGACUUCUUCAGCUACAGAAAUUGUAUUCGGUUCCAUAGUCUCUACUAUCAAACAGGUGAUGCAGGAUAAGGAUUCAGGAAAGGUUGGAAGCAAUACUGAUAAGGGUAAAGGAAAGGCUUUUGUUCCAUUUGUUGUUGGUAGUUCAACAAUUCCAAAGGAUAUAGAAAUUGUUGAAGUUGAAGACGAUGAGGAGAUCAAUUCUGUCACCAACAACUAAUUGGAUCUUUCUUUUGGUGCGACGCAGGCUUCACAAGGUUAUAUAUGGCGUCUUUUUGGAUGUAUAUAAUCCUAGUUUUAAAGCAUAAGUAUUUUCGUAAUAUCGAUUAUGGUAUUAGGAUAGAUAACGAUUUUCAUCCUCAUUUUGAUAGUCCUAUCUUUUGCGGGCUUAAGGAAGAUAGUUAGGAGGACAAGGAUGAUUUGCUCAGCUGAUCUGAUUUUUUUCUGGAUCAUGCUUGCUUUUGUUAGUAUUAGGGUUUUUAUCCCUAAUUAAUUAAUAUAUAUAUAUUUCGUCGGUUUGCGUUAAAAAAAAAGAA